AUGGAUCCUCGCUCGCCGCUGCCCCCGUCGGUGCAGGCGAGCGUCUUCCACCAUGUGACGCUGCCAGCUCAGUUGCCGCAACGCGCCGACAACAACAUCGCAGAGAUCGAGACAGCCCUGGUAGACUACCUCUUGCGAGCAGCAAACAUCAUGAAGUCUGCUGCCCAGGAUGGUCCAUGGGAAUCGAUCAGUCGAUGCUUGGAGCGUUGCAAAACGAUCAACAUGGGUGGUCUUGUGGAGCGAACAAGGUUGACGGCCUGCCUGCGGCAGAUGGUCGCAGGUGACUUCUUGGUGAUCCGAAUCGCUGCGCAGAACGCCGCAGUGUUCGUUCGCCUACCUCUUGAACAAACUGAUGAACAGUUUGCAAUCUUCGAGUUCUUCGAGACUUCAGCAAACCGGGAGGAUGUGAUGCAGUCCCCUACUGGAACUCUGUCUUGGACAUUUCCGGGAAGUGCUGUGGCAGUUUCGAAAGCGACUUUUGAAGACGACGAAUUCGUGGACACCCUUUCCGGAUUUCUGGAACAGGCUUCGAUGGAGUCCGCGAAGCACUUCACCCCAGUCGUCACCAAAGCCGGCAGCAGUGUUUUGGAAAGUCGUGACACUGUCGACCCGUCACUCAUCACCGCACUUCUUACCGCCACCAUCGACGCCAACGGCCAGCGAUGCCAAGCCACCCUGCUGCACAAGAAGGUCCGCGACGAUGUUUGUUGGAACAAUGCUGCACGCCCCUGGAGACGACUCCCAUACUGGCUCGUCCAACGGGUCACUAUUGCGCGCUACUUGCAAAUCAUGUUCGAGCGGGAGCCACUGCACGGCCGCCUCCAAUACAAGGCAUUCCAGUGCGUUUUACACUGCUUGGUCCUGGAUGGAACACAGAGCGACGUGAGCCUGGAGGACCAAGCUCACCUCAAGUCAAAAGUCUGCCGGCGCCUUUUCAAGCUCGAUCGAGAAAGUGCCAACUGGCCAACGUCCGUCCAAUCAGCAUACGCUAGCCUAAUGUCAAGUCUGCGAGACAUUCUGAGCAUUCCAAUCGACACAGCAGGGCAACGUGCCCUGGACGCUUGGCAGAGAGAUAUCCCAAGCAUGAUCAAGACAAUUCCGAUGCUGCCAAAGAAGGCUGAGGCAGACCAUCUCCGUCUUCAGCUAGUGCUGAGCCGCCCCGAGCUCAUGGCUGCUCAAGAACGUUUCCGCGCAGCCGAUAAGCCAUACCGAUCACGACAGACCAAUGUCCAGUUCUCACCUCGGUCGAGUGGGAGCCAGGUGAGGCAGUUCGCACUGACACACUCUUCCCUCUUCCAGCGAGAAGAUGCAUUGCGGCAACUGUGCACUUCCUUUGACACUGGAAUUGCCCCGACCGAUUGCUCCAAGCUUAAGUCAAGCAUUCUCGGGUACAUCGAAAGUGUUGGUGGCCAGUUCGACAACAACGUCGAGCUCAAGAGCUCUUUUCUCCUGACCGUCUUCGAGGCAUGGAUGAGUCUCGACAAGAUGGUCUGCCAGACCACUCCUCUCCUUAGCGAGUACGACCCAGGCUUCCAAGCCAGUAUGCUCGACGUGCUGAACCUCCCGCGUCACUCAGACAUGUUGCGAGCCCGCAGGGUCCAAGACUAUCUCCAACAUCGCAAAGAAUCGGCAAGAUAUUCCCAGACAGUUCUCGACGAUCCUCGCAGCGGCUGCUUUGCGGAGAAAUACUUCGACACUUGCGAUGCAGACGGUGCGCUGGAAAGUCUGCUUCUGGAGAUCAGGGCCGACACCGAGGCUGCCAAACAGGCCAAAGAGUCGCAGUGGAGAGAGCUCACGGCACAGUUUGACAGUCUUACAAGGCAGUACGAAGCUGGUACAUGCUUGUACGUCGAUGACGGUGUCAACGGGCCCAAGCACGAGGCUUGGCAAUGCCCUCGCUGCCAAAUCAACAAGAGGCGCAACCGGAUCGAGAUCCGAGCCUUUGAGGAUCCUCUUCCCCAGAAUGACAUGCAGGCCAAAGUCGUGGUGUUCGAGCUCAUGCCGCCCGAGAAUUUUGUCGCAUACCGCGAUGCCACCUGGGCCAUCUGGUACCGCCUGGGCUUUGAGAAGCAAGAGCCUGGUCAAGGGCCCCGCGUCUGCUUGUGGGAAUACUCGGGACUCAGAUGCUACAUCGACGCGCAGCUUGUCUGUGGCGCCAUUACCCUGGCAUCAACCACCAAAUCUUUUCUCAUGACGCACUACGCUACUGCGACAUUCCCAGUCGGGCUGGAUCAGGUCAUCCGGCCCAAUGCGUUGAAGUACGGCUACUACCACGACCAGACAAGAACAUGGCCUGGCAGGCUGCAUGCGCAUCCGAAGCUGCUACACCACUGCAAACUGACCAUCCCUCCUUCAUCACCGUACGCAACUCUACUGCGCAAGAAGACCUUUGCCCCAGAUGGCAAUGGCCCAUCUUCGUACGAAAUCAUCGCCAAUCACACCAGCUGCCCUCCCAAUCUCAACGCUCAGGAGUUCUCUGCUUUUCAGUCCAUGCUGAGCGGCAAAGCCAUCCGGUGGAUCACAAUUCUCGUGGAGUUGGCCUCCCCCAAUCUCAACAUGUCUUCCGCAGAUUCCGUUCUCUUGCUCAAGCAUCUCUCUGCUCAGCUCGGUCCUGCAGACCCCAACGACUCCGCGGGGGUGACACACUCCGUCUUCCGCGAUCCAGUCUUCUGCCAAGCCCUCCUGCGUCAACUCCGCCGAAAGUUAGCGGACAUCAAAGACAACUGGCGCGAGAUGCACCUGAUGGAGGUCAUCAUCACCCUGAGCCUGCGCAUUGCCACGCUUGCAGCACAGCACUCAACUUCUCGGGACUGGGUGCCUCACGCGCUGCAACUCCUCGAGUCCUCUCGCGACAUCACGCGGAAGUGGAUGCGCGAUCUGCGCUCGGCAGGACUCGAGAUCGUCGACGUCGGCGCGACAAAGCAGAACCAGUGCUACACGCUGUGGGCGGCAAUCCUGUGCAAGCGCACUUUCGCCGCGUUCAUCACCGCCAUGGGCCCAGACAUCGACUCAGAAGACCUUGCGGUGCUGAUCGAGUGCUCCGCGACGUCUCAUGACGCCACUCCCGAAAAGAUUCAAGACCUUCCACUCGUGCUGCAGCAGUCCCUGACCAGCGACCUCAGACUUCAGUAUCAACUGAAGCAGCGCGUCGAGCGCGCCUUGGCGCAGUCCGGGGCAGAAAGUCUCCUUGCUGCUCUGAAGCAGCUCUGGAUCGGCGCCGACACGCUGAGCGAUUUUGAGUUUGAGCAACAUGACAAGUGCUGGGUCACCGCAUCUAUCCAUUCCUCCAGCCAUCACGUCGCGCAGAGUGUUCAGUACAAUUCCCUGUACGGCGUUCUUCUUGUUGAUGGGGAGCCCCUGACUCGUCUCGCACCUGAACCGGAGAACGAGGCUAUAUUGACGGAAUUGUUUGGUGUUCUUAACCUGCGGAAGCGGCCAUCGGCUCUCCCUGGUAUGACCUAUGAAUUGGCGUUCAAGAAGGAAGGUCACAGUAUCCAUGUUGGUUACGUGAACAGGCGGAUGAUCAUUCGCGCCGUCAAAGGCAGGCAAGUCAUGGAGCUGAUCAGCCGGAACUUCUUUCAUAAAGAAGGGCAAUUCGAUCUGCCCUCUGAGCUUGUUGACGAUUGCUUCCACUGGCUCGAUCUGAAAAGGGGUAUUUUGGAGAUCCGACCCAAAUGGUCCAUAUGGUGGUCGCGCAAAAGCCAGUGGAAACUUGAUGUCAGCACAUCGGCAUGCUACAGAGACAAACAGUACGGCUCGAGAGACUCGUUGGUUGACCCCUACAGUCCACUCUUCGCGCGCGUAGCUCGACUUUUCAACUACUUCGAGUACAAGAGAUACCUCACUGUGUUUCAGCCAGCCAGGUUCGCUCUGACGGUUGACAUGAAGCGGAUGCAGCUUCGCUGGCACGUCAAUGACGAGUUUGCACUACAAUCUCGACAACUCUCGGUGCAAAUCGACUUCAACCAAGAUAUUGGCACUUGGUAUGGAUUCCGCAGUGCUCUGGUGUGCAAGAACAUCAACAACCCGGAUGAGCGUUCAGUGCUUGUUCCGUUGCGCCCUCUUAAGGCGGUACGACACGCUUCCCACGUCUACGUUCACGGUAUUGGCACUUCCGAUGCCAUGGUGCCUUACAUUCGGUACACUGUCAACUCCGUGCUCGGUCGUCUCGACUGCGUUGCGGAGCCUGCUCUUGUCUACAAGAAGGCAGAGAUCCAUGCGCUUACAUCGGGCAUGUUGGCAGACCCUCUGACGCGACGCACUGGCGCCGAAGAAGCAUUGAGUAUCUUGUCUUCUGGUCUCGCGCAGCCGUGGACACCGCUUGCGAACAUACCCUCAGGGAUACUGCACGCCAUUGCCAGGAUCAGUCCUUUGCGGGAGUGGUACCCAGAGGACAAGCAAGUGAUGCAGAGGACAUUGUGGAAUCCAGACCUCCCGUGUCAUGCACAGCGCGAGGAGUAUCCGAUCCUUGUUCACCGCAUUCUGGAGCGAUCUGCCCGCCUGAGCACAUUCCACUUAGAAAACGGCUUCAUCCCUCUCCAGGUCGAGCAUGGGAACCAGCAGCUGAGGCUCAGAGCCCUCCGACGGCGAGACAAGCAUCGCAGGCCGAUCGAGACGGACUUGCGGUGGGAGGACGUCACAGACAGCCCCUACCUUGCUCGUGACCGGCCUCGUAAUCACGGCAAGUACGCCCGCGUCUUCGAGAUCAUUACCCUGCUGCGACAGAGUCCCAGCGAGAUGCCAACCUGCACCAACCUGGCCCAGCUUCUCUCCGAGGCGCAUUCCAUAUGUGGGUUUACCACCAUCUUUGACAGGCCGACCAUCUCGGAAAAGCUCGAUGUCAGCAUCCGUGGCGAAUGGGGCUCUUUGGUCCAUGCUGUGCGCAAAAUGGAGAAAUACCCGCUCAUGUUCUUCCUGGGCACCAUCGCAUAUGGCAACAAUCACGAGCGAGAGCUACUUCGCACACUUGUCGCACACAGCAUUUGGGAGCCCUUGCGAACCGUAUCUUUACCAUCGGCCCCUACCUUCAACAACUUCCGCCCACACCAAAACCCGCAGCUCGCUGUGCUCACUAAGCUUGUCGAGCAGUUCAAAGUGCCUGCCCCAGCAGACCCGGAACUGGCAGAGUAUGCCACGAACAAGCAGAAGAAGAACCUCAAACAGGCUCGCGAGGCGCAUGAGAGGAAAGCCACCGAGGAUUGCGAGUUCUUUGUCCGGCACCUCCUCAAUCAGUGGCCUUGCGAAAUCCCACAGUACGAACUUCCCAGUAGGACGUACCUGCUGGACAUCACAGCAGCCUACGCCAGCAUCCUUCCUGAGUGGACGCAGCUCUACACGAAUCGACAACUCUCUCUUCAUCUUGACCUGGUUCAAGGCAUUCUCAAUGAACACACAGAUCCAUCUUUUGCGUUCUCACGCCCUGACUUCCACGCCACCAAUGCCGAGUUUCCGCGUCCCACGCUCCCAAGAGAACUUCCUACAUUGACAGAGGUUCUGACUGCAUGCGGUGCUACUUGUCUGAGCCAGACGUCUAGAGGGUCGUCCUUUUCACCCGUGGCGGACUCAUACACGUCGAAUACAGCCAGGGGAUCUACCUCUGAACGCCUGGUGAAUUCACAAACGUGCCUCUCGUUGAGUGCGGCCAACUCACGAUUCACAUCCAAGCGCCCAAUCCCGCCCAACGACGCGCGAGCAGUGGGAGAACUCGCACAGAUUGUGAAAGACCUGUCUCGUUCAGCAUCUCUGGUGCAACAGAGGUACGCCGCCGACCUCGGGCGCAGUCUCGAGGCUUUCGUCGAUGGCGGCGCGGAGGAGCUGCCGGUUGGCCAGGAGGUGACGCGGACUCUGAGGUCGUUGAACCUGCGCACCAUGCGGCUCCUUGAUUCACUCAUGUCAGAUACAGCAACAGAAUCUUACCACUUCUCGCAGGCCCAGAUACGUUGGCUGUACGCGGGAAAGCUGUGGCCGGUCACAUCACCCAUCACGCUCCUCGAGCAGCUCCGCGAAUCACGAGAGCCCAGACUUGAUGGCUCGGCAAAAGCACAAAUCAUCGAGUUCGCACUUUCCAUAAUCGACCUGCAACGGGCUCUGCGUAUGGAGAAGCACGAGAAGUCAGGGGAAAAAGUCCGCUGGAGGGAGGAGCAGGCGAAUCCUGGACACAGAACAUGGAACCCUACAGACUACCCCGACUGGCUCCUGUUAGAGAUCGAGUCAGACAUCUUGAUUCGCGAUGGACAGGUCGAGGUUGCUCAGGCCAUCAUCGCACCACAAUCUGGUAAAUCCAGCGUCCUCCAGCUCAAUAUGGGCCAGGGAAAAACCUCAUGCAUCAUCCCCAUGGUCGCUACUGUAUUGGCCGACGGGGAAAACCUCGUCAGGGUCUGCGUCCCAAAGGCACUACUACAGCAAACUGCCCAACUUUUGCAGACCCGCCUUGGAGGUCUCGUUGGCCGCAGAAUUGGUCAUGUACCGUUCUCGCGCAAGACGACGACGGACGAGCCCACCAUCAAACAGUUCCAGCGACUGCAUGUUAUGCUACAGAAGGAUCGCGGCGUGAUGAUAUGUCUCCCCGAGCACCAGUUGUCCUUCUCACUGUCGACAUCUCAACGGGUUUUGGACGACCGUGUACCUGAAGCCAGACUCAUGGCACGUUUUCAGAAAUGGCUACAGUCACACGCCAGGGAUAUUCUUGACGAAAGUGACCACACGCUGGCGGUGCGAACACAGCUGAUAUACCCCUCUGGACCCCAGACAGCCGUGGAUGGGCAUCCACACCGGUGGCUUGUGGCCGAACAAGUCCUAGCUCUUGUAGAGCUUCAGCUUGAUGACCUCCAGAAAACAUUCCCUCGCUCAAUUGAGGUAGUCAGACGAGAGGCUGGUGGCUUUCCUCACGUGUUCUUCCUGCGUUCUGAUGUUGAAGAAGAACUCAUUCGAAGACUGACCUGGGACAUCUGCCGUGGCCAUCGAGGCAUUCUGCCCAUCGACAGCUUAGAUGCAGCCGAUCGCUCAGCCAUCAAGGAGUUCCUGACCUCAUUCAAUGUCGAACAGUCAACGUUAGACCGCAUCAGUGGCCUCUGUCCUGAUCAAGCCCACAUUCGCUCCUCGAUCAUGAUUCUCAGAGGUCUCCUGCUUCACCGCAUCCUAUUGAUGACGCUGAAGAAGCGCUAUGGUGUGACAUAUGGGCUUCACGAAACCCGCGAUCCUGUUGCCGUUCCUUUCCAUGCCAAAGGCGUCCCCAGCGACACCUCGGAAUUCGGGCACGUUGAUGUCUCAAUCUUACUGACCUGUCUGGCGUUCUACCACAAAGGUCUGAACACACAUCAGAUUCGCGAGGCACUUGGCGCAGUUCUCAAGUCCGACGACCCGGCUGCAGAGUACGAUAAUUGGUGUGACCACGACGAUUUUCCAGACCACCUGAGGAACUGGCAUGCCGUCAACGCUGGCGACGAACGACAAAUUGCUGACAUCCAUCAGUUCGUCCAGUUCAAGGUCGUGGUCAUCGACUAUUAUCUGAACAAUUUUGUCUUUCCUCGACAUGCGAAACAAUUCAAGGUCAAGCUGCAAUCGAGCGGUUGGGAUAUCCCCCUCUUUAAGCCAGAUUCACAAUCCAACAAGGUCGACCAGGGAGCUGUAUUCUCAAAGACUGGUCGCCACUUGACCACGGGCUUUUCGGGCACAAACGACAUCAAACCACUUUUACCUCUCACAAUCAGCCAAGAUGACAUCCCGUCCCUGCUCAAGACAAAUGCGAAGGUGCUGACCUAUCUCCUUCAGCCAAGAUCGCGCAACUACAGGAUCAUGAGACUCCCUCUUGGCAAGCGGAUGUCAGAAGAGCAGUUCCUUUUCAUGCUCAAGAGCCACGGCAAAGAUGGCAUCCGUAUCCUUAUCGACUCGGGCGCACAGAUUCUUGAAAUGACCAACGCUGAGCUUGUCCAGAAAUGGCUCAAGAUGGACGGCCGUGCCAGUGCGGCGCUCUACUUCAGCAGAGAUCGCCCGUACAUCAUGUCCAAGACUGGUACAACGGUUCCCCUCUCGGCUUCGCCGUAUGCCGACAAUCUCAAGGAGGUGCUCGUCUACCUUGACGAGGCACAUACGCGCGGCACAGACCUGCGGUUUGACCGUGACGCGCAUGCUGCCCUUACACUGGGCUUGGGCCAGACAAAGGAUCACACAGUCCAGGCUGCCAUGCGACUCCGCCAGCUCGGAACGACACAGUCGGUGACGUUCUUCGCCCCCGUGGAGGUUGAUCAAAGUAUCCGAGAUCUCUGCAAGAAAGAGCUUUUUGCCACCAUCGAUUCAAGCCAUGUCAUCAAAUGGUUGGUGCACAACACGUGCAGUCUGACCGAGUCACUUCAACCGCUGUACUUCGCCCAAGGCAUGGACUUCUGCGCAAGAAUGCAAGCUGCAGUCGAUCACCCAGACUUCCUCUCAGACGCGGCCGACAGGCGAGAGUACAUCCGCACCAUCCGCCAGACUGAGCGGCAGACCCUGCAGCAGCUGUACGCGCCACAAACCAAGGCCAAGACAGCCAAGGACAAGCUCCUGCUCACCGGCGUUCUUGGUGACUUCCGGAAGGAGCUCAACCAGCGCCGCAAAAGGUUCCAAGACACGGGCCACGCUGUGCACGCCUCCGCCCUCGAAGAGGUUGAGCAAGAGCGCGAGAUCGAACAAGAAGUCGAGGCCGUCCGGCAGGUCAAGAAGCCCCUUCCCUACACUCCGUUCACCUUUCCGGGACUGCACAGGGAUGUUGAGAACUUUGCCAGAACUGGCCGUUUUGCCGCUGGGUCCGAUGUCUUUGUCUCUGCCCUGACAUUCAUGGCAAGAUCGUCCACGGGACGCAAGUACAAGGUCAACUCAAAGGCUGGGUCCGCCAAGUUAUUUGUCACGAUGGAGUUCACCAGAACUGUGAGAAUCGAGGUCGUCUCUACAAACGACAACUUUAUUCGCCCGGUCCAGUGGAUAUUGUACUCGCCAAAGCCAGAGGCAGCAGUCGUAGUCACCCCAGAGGAAGCAGAGUGCCUGGUUCCAAUUUUGCGCCGCCACGGCAAGAAGGAUAGCGGGACCGGCGAGCCUGCGACAUACCUCAUAACAUAUGCCGGCGCGACGACUCGUCGCAUGCGCACGACCGUAGGAUCAUUCAAAUUCUACAGCAUACCAUCUCUACCCACGAACUGGUCUCCGCCUCCGUGGCUCAAGGUGGAAGUCGGCGUGCUGGCAGGGCGGCUGUACUUUGACUGGGACGAGUACGCCGAGAUCUGCAAGCUCUUGGGAAUCGCAGACACCACGGGCGCCGCCACAAACAUGGAAGACGAAUUCACAGAGAUCGCACGCAUCAGCGAGGUCACAGACACCACGAGCGGCGUCGAAGCAAGCGGGCCAGACGCUACAUCUCACUCGUCAGACGACGCCAAGGCGCAGCAGCAGCAGCAGAACACCAAGCCCUUCUCCUUCACGCGGGACUGGCUGUCCGUCCGCCGCCACGGCCAAGAGUUUUCCCACUCGCCCAUGGGCUUCUUGUGCCUGCGCAAGCCCCUCCACGCGGACCACGCCUUCUUUGAAAAGACGGACGCCUUUGUGCGCCGCGAGGACCUCAAGCCGGGGAAGCUCGCCACCAUGAACCCUACACAACUUGACGGCGCCGGUGGGGACUACUACAACUCCGGUGAUGAUGAUGGUGACGGUAACGGCGGCGACCAUGCCGCUGCCGCGCUGGCUGCUGGCAUGACGACGAAUGGCGGCGCAGAGGGGGAGAUGGUCGACUUCGGCGAGCACGACCCCUCCGCUGUCCUGCGCGACGACGACGUCCACGUCAAGAUCCGCUAUGAAAGCGACGAAGACGGCGAGGACGACGUGGGCGGGACCAUGAUGGGCGAUGUUGGCCAGAAUGGCGGCGGCGGCGAAGGGGCGGGAGGUGCGGGCCACUCGGCUUGGGCCAGUGCUCGACGGCUCGAUGGAGGAGGAGUCUCCGCGACCGCGGCGCGUGCUGGACGGGGGGGAAGACAAGGUCGAGGCGGCAGAAGCCGUUAAUUGUGUGUGAGAGUGUUUUCUUGGGAGAGCUUGAUUCUUCUUGGAGGAAGGGGGGCCUUCUGUUUUUUCAGCAGUGUUUGAUGGACCACAGACAUGAGAC